GCCGGUACCUAACCUUAUCUUAGCAAAGAUGUGAGUACAGCUCACUUAUAUUACUUGGGGCCCUGUCCCUGUCGGUCCCUUGCAGCGGAUGAUCUCGAUUGACCGAUUUCCCUCGUGGCUUUUCAGGUUGCACUCCAGCACGAUGGCUAGUCUAGGCCCCGCUUUCGCACGCAACUUUGCGCGAGAGACAUGGACGCUCUAUGGUGUAGGGGUGCUGGGUGCGGUGCUGCGAUUCAUCGCACGAAUACGUCGGUUGGGGGUCACAAAUCUCCAGACAGAUGACUACCUGAUGAUGUUCGCUGUCGUCUGGUACACUCUUUUGUGUGUCGCACUCAACCAGGUCGCGUCCGGCGGAGGUUCCAACUUGAUGGGCGAGGAUGAUAUCAAAGCAUUGACUCCCACCAUCAAAGCUGAUCGCAUCCGAGGAAGUAAAUGGGUCUUUGUGUCGGAACAUUCCUUUCUCCUCGCCAUCUGGGCGAUGAAGGCCUGUAUGCUAGUGAUCUAUGCUCGCAUCACCGAGGGACUGCGCCAGAGAAAAUGGGUCAAUUACCUCUCUAUCUACGUUGCCCUUGGCUUCGUGGUUACUGAGCUAUCCUUGUUUCUCAUAUGCCGGCCUCUUCCCAACUACUGGGCUGUGCCUACUCCUUACGAACAAUGCUCGACAUACCAAUACUACGAAAUCGUACAAGGCGUCAUCUCCAUUUCCGCCGAUGUCUUCAUGCUUCUCAUCGGAAUUCCGCUUCUAGUCCAAGUGCGCGUUCCUCUGAAGCAGAAGUUGAUUCUUAUGCUCCUAUUCGGCAUGGGAAUCUUCGUCAUUGUCGCCGCUCUUUUGAACAAACUCUACUGUUUGGUUCCGUCGCUCAUUUCUUACGUCUACAUGAACUGGUACUUCCGCGAAGCAACCGUCGCUAUCCUGGUUACGAAUCUACCACUGGUGUGGUCCCUCCUUCGUGAUGUGUUCCCUGCCCUCAAAAGUUGGACUGGAGGGUCCCACCGAGGGACGGACCGCUAUCGAACAGGCCCAUACGCGCCGAAAGGGUCGGCGUAUCAACACUAUGGGCCUCAUAGUCAAUUGCGGUCCGGAGACUUCAGCAUGCGCACCUAUAAUCAGAGCACUGUUGUUGCUCCCGGCAAGGCUGUCUCCGAUGUUAGCACGGAGCCGGUCGAUGAUCGCGAUCCUAGUGACGAUGGCUCUGAACGAGCGCUCCGGAUCCGACAGGACGUCACCGUCACCGUGGAGCGCGAAACACGACCUCCCGAGUAUUGGGAUUCUCGGGGCGUGGGGCCAAGUCAGCACCCACAGCCUUAAGAGGCUCGAUCGUCUACACUCAUUCCCUUUCUUCAAUUCAUCCUUGAUUUCCUACUGCAUCCUAUUAGUCCUCCCCACCUUCGUUCCACCAUUUCCCCUCUCCUUGACUGCCUUUUUCAUUCUGUGAUCGAUAUUGAUAGACAUACUUGUAUGGCAUGAUCUGCCGGCAAUGCCUGAUUGGCAACCAUUUUUUGUACAUAUUAAACUUGCUCGGCACCCCGUCACUGAUCAGCACGAUCGAAUGUGGGGAUUUACACCCCCAACCGAGUGAUUAUGACGAGCAUUGGUCUGACGACCAGACAAACCACGGAUAGACAAAAACAUGAAGCAAAUUCAAUGGAUCGAGAUAAGGC